GCGCAUUACCGAGCAAGAUGGCGCUCUUGCUGUCAGCACCUCGGACAGCUCUCGGGGCAGCUCUGACACAAAACUGAACCUUUGAUUUGUUUUGAUUUUUUUGCAGAGGUUUAUCACGUGUCUGAUCUCUUUCGGUCAGAGCUUUCAGAUGAUGUGACCGCAUCCAGGUGGCGCGUGAAGCUGUGCGCUAUUCGCUGCAGCCAGAAAGGGGAAAUAAAAUUCUGGAUCAACUUGACUGUUAUUAAACAGGACUUUUGUCGCCCAGACUCCCUCCUCCUCCUCCUCCUCCUCAUCCUCCUCUGCAGUGAGUCUAGAUUGAAGAGUUCAGGAGGAAAAUAGAUUAAAACCUGCCUCGGCCUGCGGUGACUUUACACCGGAGGAGGAGUGCGCGCAGUCAGCGUCUGUCUUAAUCACACCGGUGCGAAAUGGAGGGGCGCGUUGAGAGAACACCAGAGGCCGGUUCGGAAAGAAGAAUUGAAUCUGUGUUCAAGAAAUAGUGUUGCCUGGUUUCUUGCCCUGAGCCCUGCAGUUGUACUUUUGUUUUUGCCACAACGGUCAUGAAGAUGUUGGUGCUCCUGGUGAUGAUGUCUUCAGGCAUUUUCAGCUCCGGCUUUGCACUCAGCUCCCAUUUCAGCUCAGAUGGCGCUCCACUGAGUGAGCUGUCCUGGUCGUCGUCCCUGGCAGUGGUGGCCAUCUCCCUCUCAGGCCUCUUCACCUUCGUCUUCCUCAUGCUGGCCUGCCUCUGCUGCAAGAAAAGCAAAACCGGCUUCAAGGAAUUCAAGAAUGGGGACGGGGAGGAGUACUGUGCAGAUAUGUCCACUUUGGACUCGUCGGCCUCCCAGGGCAGCCCGGACGUCUACAUCCUGCCGCUCACCGAGUUGUCCCUGCCGGUCGCAACGCAACCUGCUCGAUCAGUCCAAGUCCUGAAAUCCACAGAUCUCGGCCGCCACAGUCUCCUCUACCUGAAAGAGAUCGGGAAUGGCUGGUUCGGGAAGGUUCUGCUGGGUGAGGUGAACACAGGCCUGAAUACCACCCAGGUGGUGGUGAAGGAACUCAAAGCUAGCGGCAGCGUGCAGGACCAGAUGCACUUCCUGGAAGAAGCACGGCCUUUCCGUGCCCUCCAGCACCCUGCUCUGCUGACGUGUUUGGCCCAGUGCACUGAGGUCACUCCCUACCUGCUGGUGAUGGAGUUUUGUCCACUGGGGGAUGUGAAGGGUUACCUCCGAAGCUGCAGGACCACAGAAGCCAUGACCCCAGAGCCCUUGAUCCUUCAACGGAUGGCCUGUGACAUCGCCUCAGCACUUGUGCACAUGCACAAACACAACUUCACACACAGUGACCUGGCUUUGAGGAACUGCUUGUUGACUGCUGAUGUCUCAGUGAAGAUUGGAGAUUAUGGCCUGGCCCAGAACAAAUACAAGGAUGAUUACUACGUGACAUCAGAUCAGAUGCACGUGCCGCUGCGUUGGAUCGCUCCAGAGCUGGUGGAUGAGGUGCAUGGAAACCUGCUAGUGGCUGACCAGACCCAACACAGCAACAUGUGGUCUCUGGGUGUGACUAUCUGGGAGCUGUUUGAGCUGGGCAACCAGCCCUACAGACACUAUUCUGACAGACAAGUACUGACCUACGCUGUGAGGGAGCAGCAGCUGCGACUGCCCAGACCGCUGCUCAAAGGGCCCCUGGCUGAGCGCUGGUAUGAGGUGAUGCAGUUCUGUUGGCUCCAACCUGAUCAGAGACCCAAUGCAGAGGAAGUCCACUUGCUGCUCAGCUACCUAUGUGCCAAAGGGGCCAACGAGGCCGAAGAGGACUUUGAGAGGCGAUGGAAUUCCCUGCGUCCCAAUACUGUAUUCAGCGGUCACCGUGGUGCCUCUGCAGUGUCACAAGACCACCCCUCAUGCACCUCCUCCUCUUUCCCUCUCCUUGAGCAAUUUUCAGCUGGGGAUGGCUACCACUCUGAGUCUGGGGAUGAUAUACUUACAGUCACUGAGACCAGCCACGGCCUGAACUUUGAGUACAAGUGGGAACAAGCCAGAGCAGACCAGUCGUAUAGAGCCCCGGACUCCUCAAGUACCUUGAGUCAGGUCAACCAUCAUUGUCAGGAAGCAUUUUAUCCACCUGGGGGCAUUGUGGGAGGCCUCAGCCAUAGAGUUUCUCCUUCUUACUACCAAUCAAAACAUCUACAUACUCCAAGCAUACUUCCCGUCCUCAGUGCCCACAGCCCCUCGGUAAGCAGUGAAUACUACAUCCGCAUUGAAGAGCCAGUAGACUGUAACAUUGAUCUGGACUAUACCAUGUGCCCCUACAGCCCAGACUACCAGGGCAGCAGUGGGAGCUUUCUGACCGGGAGCGCCGACUCAGGUGAGUGCAUGAUCUGCCCGUCACAGGCUAAGAACAUGGAUCCCUACUGGUCAGCAGACAUCAAUAAGUCAGAUAUGUAUGACUCAAAUGACUCAAGUCCCGCUAUCUCCCUGACAAUGGAGCCCCUUUUAGGGCAAGUGUUGGACAAUAGCCCGCUACAACCCUGGGAGUCUAGUCACUAUGUGUCCUAUAAAGACAGAGAUGGGGGUUACUACUAUGAGCACUCGCCACCUUUGGGAAUAGAUGACUAUCUGAUUGGACAUGAGUCCUCCAGUGAGCGUCAUCAGGAAAGCUGGGGGUCAAGGAGCCUGCGUCAGGCCCUGGGUGAGUUGGAGAACCCGCUAGGUGUAACCCCUGCCAUAGGCAGUGCACCUCAACAGGCCUACAGAGACACAUAUCUGAACACAAGUCAGACCUCCAUCAUAGGAAAGAAUGUGACAGGGGGCUACUACGACAUGAUGGGCUCCCUGAGGAAGACUAUGCCCAGCCAAACCAGGCAUAACAGCCACUCUGUCAGUAUUAACAUGGAGACAGAGGGGGCACUCUUUAUUGGGCACAGAGACAGUGAUACAGAGGAGGAAGAAGAAGAGGACAUAUUUGUUGAGAGACACACCUGCAACACUUGGCCUUCAAAACACCGCCACAGCAGUGUGGGUCACCAAAGACGUGCUAGCCACAGCUGUAGACAGGAUGCUUAUGUAGAUUUCCACUACACAAUGCCGAGUACAGACAUUGAAGACUCCUGGCCAGAGGAGCAUAGCCUGGCCUUCCACUCUCUUCCCAAACCCAUUGACUAUCUUGAGCCCCACCAGGCCAAAGAUAACAGUGCUUGCCUUAGUCUAAGUAAACAUCAUGCAAUGCUGCCCUCAGAAAACUACAACGCCUACAUCUAUCUGUGCCAUGAGGGCGAGACUCAGGCGCCGGCAUCUGGAGAGUGCUGCCACUCGCACUUUGUUGACCCGCUUACAGGCUUGCUAGUCAGAAACAACAGCUACAGUCACAGCUACAGUCACAGCAGCUACAUCAGCGAUAAGGUCAUUGACAUCCCAAGCAAUGACGAGAUGAUUAAUCUAUCACCGGCUCCAGGGGGUCCCAUUGUGGCCAAACCUGCCUUGAUCAAGACUGAGGACAGAGUAGAGCAUUAUGUUGACCUUCCUACUGAUGAUACACUCUUCAAAGAGAAGAAGGAGGAUGUAUUUAAAGAAAAUCCAAUCAUGCAAAACCCGACAGAGCCUAAAAUAGAAGAAGUGACCCUGACAAUGACUGUAACCACUCCGCCUCCUGCUGACAACAUGCAUGUGAUGGUGGCCCUCACAGAUUCACAGUCAGAGUUAAGUCAAACUGCUGACAGCGGUGUUGACCGAGGAGGCUCCAGUGUGAGCCUUACUGAUAUCCUUGACUGCAGUGACGAUGACGAAGACGAUGACAUGACAGAUGAUAUCACUGACGUUACCUCAGGUAUCUUUGCAGACGAAUCCAGUGAGCUGACCGCUUCUCCUGCCUUCAAGUCGCUACAGAAGCAGGUAGGAACUCCUGAUUCCAUGGAUUCCAUAGAUCUGCCAUCUGCAGCUGGGUCUUGUGAAGGCUUCAGCCCUGCUUCCUCCCACCCUUCCAGCUCACCUAAAGCUAUGGACAGUGGCUAUGACACAGAAAAUAAUGAGAGCCCUGAGUUUGUACCCAAAGAGCCUCAUGAAUCCCGUGAACAACCUUUGGGAAAGACUACCCUUGAUACAAGCCUUGAAGAGGAGGAGGAGGAGGAGGAGGAGGACAAGGAGCUGGAGGGGCUUGGAGUCGAAGAUGAAGUAGUACCCAUAGAGGGUGAACCAUCAUUGGGUGAAGAUUUGGCCUUAGGCGCCUCACAGACAGGCGACCACAUCCUUUUACCACUGAGCGAUAAGACUCCAUAUCGAGACUCUGCCUACUUUUCAGACUAUGAGAAUGAGAAGCAGUUUAGGGAUGAAGGGGAAGAACUGUCAGAGAGAGUAAGAGAUGAACAAAAUGUUGAAAAGGAUCAGCACAUGGAAGAAAAGAAGGGUGAGAAAAGGAAGAAUGAGGAGGAUGAGGAAGAGCUAAAUGACACUGUAGGGAACAAAGACAUAAAACUUGAAAUGGAACACAUAUCGACAAGAGAAAGGGAAAUCUCUUCACCACCGGAGAUGGACGCAUAUUUGACAGAAGAGUGUGGCCAGGAUGAGGUAUUGGGACUACCUCUAGAGUCCUUUGAUACUGUUUCAAUAGCAGAGGGUGGACUGGACGAAUGGCCAUCUCAGGAAGAGAGCUCUUCCUUAGGAGACUGGGCAGCAGAGGUAGUGGGGGCAAUGGAAGAAGCUAUCGGUGCCCUGAACGGAGAUUGUACCUCCAAUAUCAAGGUAGAGGAGGAAGCAAAGGACUCUCUUCAAGAUUUAGAAACAACAGAAGAGCCAGAGAUCAAGACAAUUCAAAAGUGGCCCUCAGGGAUGUCUUGUGAAAUCCUGUACACUUUACCCAAAGAUGAGGUGGCCCUGCAGCACACAGCCAACACCAGGAGGUUUUCUUCAUCCUCUCCACCACCUCCAACCACCCCUCCCCCCCUGCUCAUUGCAACAGAGGGCCGAGGAUUUCCAGCUGAUGGGGAGGACGGGGACACUGAUGACAGCGACGAGUCAGAUGAGGAGCUGCGAAUCUAUAGUGUGCAGGAACAGAGCGGAGGGGAGGAGAGCGAUGAAGAUUGCUACCCAGUGCCCAUUGUGGUGAGUGACAACAGCGAAGACCACAAACUGCGCAGCCUCCUUAAGGCGCCGACCCUGCUUACAACAGAAAACAUCGACGAGGAGCUUGAAUGCAAGAAGAAGACGGUGUCUUUUUUUGAUGAUGUCACCGUCUAUCUGUUCGAUCAGGAAAGCCCAACUAAGGAGCUGGCUGAGCAUGACUUCCCUUUAGGAGCAGAGGGUCAGAGUUCACGGAGCAAAUCCCAUGAAAGGCUUAAUGCCUCGGAUGACUCUUCAGAUGGGAACAUCUCAGAGGAGAGUGCAGGGUAUGAGUGGGAGGACGACUUCCCCCUGUUCCCUCUGCCAACAUCCUCAGUGGCAUCUGGCUCUCCUCCACCCCGCUCCAUCCCCAAAGCUCCGGAGCUCAAACCAGCCGUACAGUACUCCCGCUUCACUGUCUCCCCCUCCAACGUGUCCCGUUUCUCCAUCACUCACAUCUCUGACUCUGAUAUGGACUCUGCAGGAGGUGGGCCACCUCGAAAUCACAACUCUCUUUCCUCAUAACAGAAGAAGCAGCGAGGAUGGGGAUAAAGAAUAACGAGCUGAUGAUAAUUACUGCAUCUCCCUGAACAACUUGGCCUGCUAGCAUGACUUCUAAUUUAUUUUUUUUAACGUCAGGUUUUAGAAAACACAAGACAGUGCCUCUUACCGCCUGUGAACACUUUUGAAAGGCCCGUCAAAGCUGUUUAGAAUACUGAAAAGAGAAUGGUUAAUAUAUAAAAUGUACAGAAUAUUAACAUAUACUGUAUGUAUUAUGUAAAGAAUAUAUGAAAGCAGGAGAAGUUUUGAAUUGUGCAUAUUUUUCGGAUCAAAGAGACACAAUGGAAGGACAGACCUUUGGAAAGCAUCACAUUUGCCACCUCUUUCACUUCUUAAUUUAUGAUGGGAAGCAUUCAUGAGAGUAAAACCACCUGGAAUUAUAGAACUAGGACAGUUAAACUGUGAAAACGGUUUCUGAGUAAAGACACCUCAACUUUUUGGCUUUUCAACAGAGGAUCAGCAAUUUGACCGAGACUGUACAGCUCCACAGACUUUGUUCUUUGUAGGAAACAGCUUUACUUGUCUUAAUAAAUAUCAAUGAGAAUCCUUGAGGUAUCACAAGUAAUAUACUGUUAAUAGUUGGGUUCAUUCAGAGAAUAAGGAGACUAAAGAAGGAAGCAAAGGCAAUUUUAUUGGGUCAUGUCUGGCUUCAGAAUAUUUUUGUGGAAACAGCUGAUUGAACCUGAACAAUGUGAUAUUUUGUGACUGAUUUCUUUUUAAUCAGCACCACUACUGUACUGUUUUACACAUGUGGCUCAUUCUCUCUACCAAAUUGAAUGCCAGCACCACCAUCACAACCAAUCCCUCUUCAUUGUAACCAUCAGACACAACAUUGUCUCUAUAGUGCCAGGAAGGGAAGGAAGUCAUUUCAGAUUGAACUCUUAUUAAAGGUUUAACAGGUUUUUCAAAUAUAGCAAUGCAUGGUUUCAAGUAUGUAGAAAACAAUAUAAGAAUUUAUUGCUAGACCAAGGUGACAGUUUUGUGUUUUGGAGUAGAGACGGGCACACAUGGUCAUGGAAAUCCAUUGUCAUGUUUCCUCUUGCUGCCAAAACAAAUUGGCUCGAGGACAUCAAAGCAAGAUGAUUCAUGGUUUGUGUUGCGACAUAAAAUCACUUGUUCUCUAAUAAGACACGGGCCAAUAUGGGUGGAGUCUUCAUCACAGCAUAUGUAAUAUUGUAUUGCUAUAAUGGUAUAGAUCCUCAUAUCGUACUUUUUGUGAACUUCACUUUGAACCGUUAAUAAAUAAAAGUCUACUUUGAAGUUAAACACCUGACAAAUCAAGGUUCUUCAUCACAUUGAUGCAAAGAUCCAGUGACUCCAAUCUUGACGGAAAGCUAAUGCUCAUUCAUUUGCAACAUAUUAAAAGAGAUAGACACCUUGGUACAAACCUUUUUUUUUUUAAUCAUCCAUAUCAUAUUGCCCAACUCUACAGGUCAAUAUAUCAAAAGACAAACCUGCACAACAAUAUUAAAAAAGCUGUUAAAUUCCAUUUUUGUCUGCACAGAGGUUAAUCUGAACACUUUUGCGUGUGGGAAUCAGCACAUUAUACAUCCAGUGUGUAUCAGCUUCUUCCCAUUCUUACUGUCACUUGCUGUAUAUUGGCUACACCGAGCUUGUUCGGAGCAGUUUUGUACGAUGAUUCUGGUAUUAAGAUUAAAAAGUUUCUUCUAAUUCGUUGUAAUUUGGGUUACAUAUAAAACUGGAAGUCAAAUCUACAACAAACUUGUUGAGCUUUUAGGUGGGACAGAUCAAUUCAGUGCUCAAAGUCUUAUGUGUCUGAUCAGCUGGUUGAAAAGGCAAUCGAGGGCUGAUGUCAUGAUCAUGAAAUGUUACAAUGCUUUGCUUUCUGUGUGUGUAAAUGUAAGGAAGUGAGAUGGCAGGUGUGGUUGAUGAGAUGUUGGUUUGGCCUCAAAAUGCCCGAUGAUCAACAUACUGUGUCUUCUAGUGUUCGUUUGCCUUCCAAGGCUUCAAUAUUCUGUAACAGUUAAGCAUAGCACCAUCUAGACAGCUGUCCGUAAUAUUUUUAUAUCUCAACAAGAAUACUUUUAAGAGUAUUGAUGUAAUGUACCCGUAGAGGAGGCGAAGGUUGAAGAAAAAAAAACAUGUCUUUUAUGUUUUAUUGUUGCCAAAGAGAUAUUAUGUUGUGGUUCAGGGGCAACAGUUGGUCUUGUUUUUACCCCAAAAUGGAGGCGGGAAGAACAUUACAGGAUCUUUGGCCUGGUCAUAAGAAAAGAAUGUGCAGGUGAAGUUUUGGUUUGCGAUACUGUCAGUAACAUGUGCCCCCACACUGACCUGGUCACAUCAUUACUUUCUGUACCUUCUAUCAAAUAUAAAUAAAGUCUGUUUUACACAUCUUAA